AUGACGGCGCCCGUGUCUGGAGAGAAGAGCCCGGAAGCAGAGGGCCCCACACCGCCCGCGAUCGUCUCGCCCGAGACAAACGCGAAAAGUGACCGAGCUGAUGGCGGCCGCCCAUCCAAGCCGCGCAGCUGCGUCACCUGUCGCUCGCGCAAAGUUCGCUGCGAUAAGAAGACGCCCUGCUCCAACUGUCGCCGGGCCCAGAUCCCGUGUGUCCUUCCGUCCGAUGACAAGCCGCCGCGAUGGGCGAGGCGCCUGGAUCGUCUUGCCCACCCAGGGCCUGCCACGACGACUGCACCCGGCGCGGGGUCAAGCCAGGUCAUGAGCCGCCUCCAAAAUCUGGAAAAUUUGGUCAGAAAUCUUGGCGCGGAGCUUCAUCAAGCGCGAGCGUCGCAGGACAAUAGCGCCCGUGGUUCAGCAUCGCCGCCGUCAUGGCAGGCACAACAGCAGCCACAGCAGGCGGGCGCUUCACCAGCCUCAGCCGGCUCCGAUUCGCAAUCACAUAGAAAACCAGGGCGAUUGCUCCCGGGAAACGCUGGUCAGCGCCAGUACGUCACUGGCGGUUUCUGGUCGCAAAUCAGUGACGAGCUUGACUCGCUCAAGAUCGAGACGGAGGGACUAGCAGAUGGCGAUGAUGAUACUUCCGACGGUGACGAACUUGCUUCUACCGCGACGAAUCCAUCUACUUUUGAGCUGGACCGCACUCCUGCACAGCGCCACGCCUUUGUGUUUGGGAGCAACCUGCGUCCCCAAGGCAGUGUUCGGGACUGCCACCCGCUUCCGUCCCAAGUUCCUUUUCUCAUUGAUACCUUUGCCACGAAUGUGAAUAUGAUUGCACAGGUUGCUCAUAUCCCCACUGUGAGGAACCUGAUUCGACACGUACCUGGCGGGGACCUGGCAGCUUUGAGCCCUGCCGACUCAGCGCUCAUGUUCGCCAUUUACUACGCCGCCGUCACCUCCAUGGAAGAGACCGAGGUGAGCCUGAAUUUUGGGACAACAAAAGCAAACUUGAAUUUAAAGUUCCGCGUCGGCUUCGAGCAAGCCAUGGCCAGCGCCGAUUUUCUCAACAAUCCGACCUUGGUGCUAGUCCAGGCCAUGGUCAUAUUCUUGUUUCUUGCUCGCCGUCACGAUAGCCCAAGGUUUAUCUGGAUGAUGACGGGAAUCGCAAUUCGGAUGGCACAGGCUAUUGGUCUUCAUCGCGACGGCAGUCACUUUUCGAACUUGUCACCCUACGAGGUGGAGAUUCGCCGACGAGUCUGGUGGGCGCUUUGCAUAAUUGAUGCGCGCGCGUCGGGUGACCAGGGAACAGAUCUCACCAUUUUGCAAGAUGGCUUCGACACUCGCAUGCCUCUCAACAUUAACGACAAUGACAUUAGUGUUGACACAAAAACGAUGCCAGAAGCAAGAGACGGCAUAACGGACAUGACCAUCACCCAAGUUUCCUGCGGCCUGGUGCAGGUGGAGAGGAAAAUGAUUGCUAAACAAAAACAAGGCCCUGCAUCACCCGAUACUUCGAGCGCAGUAUUUGACGAAUUAUUUGCGAAACUGGACCAUAGCUACUUGCGUUACUCCAACCCAGAAAAUGACAUUACAUACUGGGUGGGUGUCAUCAUCGCGCGACUCGUCGCUGCCAAGAUGACGCUGGUUUUGUAUUUGCCGACAAUCAUAUCAGCACCGCAAGAGCUUGCAUCCAAUCAACAACGGGACAAGCUACUAGUCGCCGCCAUUGAAGUGGCCGAAUACAACCACGUCUUGAAUGCCGAAGAAAAAUGCAAACAUUGGCGUUGGGUGUUCCAGACUUACACCCACACCUACGCCAUUGUCUACAUGCUGCUAUCUGCUACACAGAGAGAGUGGUCUCCGCUUAUGGAGCGUGCCUGGCUCGCAUUACACAGUCAGUGGCUGAUACCUGAUCAGUACAGGGCGGAGAAAAGCGUAAGCAUUUGGGUACCAAUCAGGAAACUUACCGUCAAGGCACGACGCCACCGUGACGCCGAGGUCAGACGGCUACGGCACGACCCAGCUGCCGUGAAACGACUGGAGCAAGAGUACCGGCAGGUAACGCAGCCAGCCAGCCCUGGGCCAUUUCCUGGCCAGGAUGCCAUUGAAUGUAUUCGUUCGCGCUGGCUGGGUAUACUGUCCGUACCCCCGGCCUCAGUCAGCGCCAACGAGUCACCCCCUGCUACUGAUGGCAAUUAUAACCCACCUGAAUCCAGAGGUACAGCAAUUCCUGUGUACCAAGACACGUAUGCUGCCUCCCUUGUGAGUCAAGGGCUCACGGGCAACACAAGCGAACCGCCACGCACCACGGGAGCACCAGCUCCCUCUAUGGAUUCUAUGGAAAUGGGAUUUGAGCCUUGGAUAUGGGCCGAUAAUGACCCCGUAUCUGGUGUUUUUACCGAUAUCGGUGUGAAUGAGAUGGAUGUACUUGAUAUGGAUUUGGACGUGGACUGGUCCAACCUGCUGGCGACGGCGGAGCUGGACUAG